ACGUCGUCUGCUCCGAAUGGACGCCGGCCGGCUCGCGACGUCUGCUUUCGAACUUCUGGUGAUUUUCGCGUUCAAAACGGCCAAAAAACACCGCACUUCCGCCGAAUUCGGUCUCUCAAAGACGUGACGCGGCCAGGCAAGAAUCUGAAACGCUUUGAUUGAGUUUUUCCGCGCUGCAACGUUGCAAACUGACCGGUACUCAGCCAUGGCAUCGGGGAUAUGGGUGUUUGGCUACGGAUCGCUGGUCUGGAAUCCUGGAUUUGACUUCGUCCGCAGCCAGAUCGGCCACAUCCGUGGCUUCGAGCGACGGUUCUGGCAAGGAAACGACAAACACAGAGGAACACCAGAAAAGAUAGGCCGGGUGGCAACGUUGAUCGAGAGCGAGGAGGGCAUCGUCUGGGGUCGCGCGUUCCUCCUGCGCCCGGACGACCGCAGCUCGGGGACCUCCCUGUCCUACCUGGACGAGCGGGAAUCCAAGCUGGGCGGCUACGGGACCACCUUGGUCCAGUUCCGGCCCCGGGACCCCCGCGAAGACCCCGUCCCGGCCCUGGUGUACGUGGCCCUUCCGGGCAACCCGCUGUACCUGGGCCCUGCCAGCGUCCGGGCCCUGGCCGACCAGAUAGCCACGUCCAGGGGACCUAGUGGCAGCAACGCUGAGUACGUCCUCAGGCUGGCCCGCUUCAUGAGGGAAGAGGUCCCUGGUAUAUGGGACGAUCACCUGUUCGCGCUAGAGUCGUCGCUUCUUGUUCGACUAGAAGAGCUGAAGAUGACCGACGAGAUGACGUCGUCUUCUGCCAGCGACCGGGACCUCCGCGCGUCGCUGGAGGUCGGCUGCAAGGGCGCCACCGGCGAAGUCGAAGACGUGACCACAGAUGCGCGCAACUCGCCGGCGACCGUGGCUGUCGACUUUGUGUCCGCGGUGUCUUCGACGAAGCUACGCUGCCUCGACCUUUGAUGUCGGGCUCGCGUAUAGACCCUCGCGAAUUUCGCGUCAUGUUUCUGAGAACAUUCUCCGCGCACGUUGCGCUUGCACGAGCUCCAGCAUGUAGCGCAAUGCAUUUGGCUGAAACAAAAUUACUUGACCUUC